AUGGCCAGCCGUUUGGAAGAAAACAUCCUUGAAAAGGAUUUCAGGAUCUUAACAUCUCUAGGCUUUGGUGGAUUUGGGGAGGUGAAGCUUGCCUGCCACCUUUCUACACAUACACAGGUGGCUGUCAAGGUCCUGGAGAAGGAAAAGAAUUCCCUGGCUCGCAUCAACACUGAAGUAGAGAUACUUCAAUCUGUGGAACACAGAAACAUAGUUCAUUUCUUUCAUGUUAUUGACACAAGUACAAUAACUUACCUGAUCAUGGAAUAUGUUCCAGGAAAGGAUCUGUUUGUGUUCCUCGGGGAGAGGCAUUUUCUAGUGGAGGAUGAGGUUAGACCAAUAUUCCAACAGGUCGUUUCAGGGGUUCAUUUUCUCCACCAUAAACGAAUUGCCCAUCGUGAUAUUAAAUUGGAAAAUAUCCUUAUUGACGAAGCUGGCAAUGUCAAGCUUUGUGACUUUGGUAUGGCCAGACAGCUGGCAGAGGGGCAGAUGUUGGAGGGAGUCUGUGGCUCCUUGCUCUAUUUGGCUCCAGAGAUUUUGGCAAGGAAACCCUAUGAUGGAUUGGCGGUAGAUAUGUGGAGCUUGGGAGUCCUCCUACAUGUACUGGUCACAGGACAAUUUCCAUAUGAAGAAACCACCUUUGAUGGUAUGUACAGGGUCAUCACCACCACAAAGUAUCCCAUUCCCUACCACUUGUCAAAACCCUGCAUCAUUCUCAUUGAACAAUUACUCAUGGUCCCCAGCAAGUACAGAAUAACAAUAUGUCAGCUCCAGGAAAGACCAUGGCUGGGCAACAUCAAAGAACAUGCAGCACCUGCAACUAAGGAAAUCCUUCCCAAGAUCAUGGAGACCAUGUGCACCAUGGGCUAUACCCAUGAGGAGAUUGUAUCAUCUCUGAAACACAAGAAACUAAAUAACUUAACGGCAACCUUCAAUAUCCUCAAAUACAAACUGAGCUGUGGGAACAGCCAUCAGCAGAAUCAGGAUCCCUGCUUAAAUGGCAACCCUGUAGGUGCUCUUUGGCCCCUUCUCCCCUUGAAGAGAAGAGCCAGUGAACCUGCCUUUCCAACAAGUAUGGGAGAUGGGAAGAGACGCAAGAUACACCAUGCUCAAUAG